UUUGACAUCAUAGAAGAAGAAGUUGACGUUCCGAAGACAGCCGAGUCUACACGAAGUGAUAUCCGGUGUUAUGGUUAGCAGAAUGCUAGCUGGCGAGCCUCUGGGCUUCUGCUUCGUAGAAGAAUAUUAACUGUAUUUUUUGCCAUCGGCGUCUGUAGAGCGCAACAAAAGACCGAACGAUUUUUAAAGAUGGACAGCGAAAUGUCUGAUGUUGAUCGUGCACCGGGACCUGAGACCAGCAGCAUGGAGGGGGAGAAUGCUCCACUUUACUGCAUUUGUCGUAAACCUGACAUCAACUGCUUCAUGAUUGGUUGUGACAACUGUAACGAGUGGUUCCACGGSCACUGCAUCAACAUCACUGAGAAGAUGGCGAAAGCCAUCCAGGAGUGGUACUGCAUGAGCUGCAGAGAAGAAAAUCCAACUUUAGAAGUAAAAUAUAGAUCAAAGAAAAGCCGUGAUAAGGAGAGUGAGUCAGACAGAGGAGAAGUGCAGUACAGCACCCCGAGCACGCCGGACUAUAGAAGCGAAAGGCGGCGUGGAUCUAAGAUUAAGCGUUCGGUCCGUAUGUGUGGAGAAUGUGAGCCCUGCAGGAGGACUGAGGACUGCGCCCAGUGUGACUUCUGCAAGGACAUGAAGAAGUUUGGAGGACCGAACAAAAUCCGCCAGAAGUGUCGGUUCAGGCAGUGUGAGGUUCGAGCCCGGAAAAUGCUGCGCGUGAAGGAAGAGGAACUCUUCCUGCGUGAAAGGCGGGACAAUUCCCACCACAGACGGAGGCGGUACUCCGAGGACUACGACAGCGAGUUGGAUCUGUACCAGCAGUACAAAGCAGCAGGAUUUAACACCAACAUGCUGUGGGCCAGUGACGAUGACGACGAGCUGGCUUUCAGUCCCGUCAUGCGUAAGAAAGCUAUAAAGGUGAAGCACGUCAAGAGACGAGAAAAGAAGUUUGACAAGAAAAAAGAGUCUCGCCGCCAUAAGCAGAAGCAGAAGCACAAAGACAGAAGCCGACACAGUGAGAGGGGGGAUUAUCGGGACAGCGGGGGGAAGCGUCAGUGUCUCGGGCCGAACUGUAUGAAUGCAUCGAGGCUCAACUCCAAAUACUGCUCUGAGGACUGCGGCAUGAAACUAGCAGCAAACCGGAUCUAUGAGAUCCUCCCGCAGCGCAUCAAGCAGUGGCAGCAGAGCCCGUGCAUCGCCGAGGAGCACGGCAAGAAGCAGCUGGAGCGCAUCCGCAGGGAGCAGCAGAACGCCCGCAUCCGCCUCACCGAGAUGGAGCGACGCUUCCACGAGCUGGAGGGCAUCAUCGCCAAGGCCAAACAGCAGGCGGUUCAGCAGGACGAGGAGGUGAACGAAGGAGACAGCGAGGACACGGAUCUGCAGAUUUUCUGUGUGUCCUGCGGUCAUCCCAUCAAUCCAAAGGUGGCACUGAGACACAUGGAGAGAUGCUACGCUAAGUAUGAGAGUCAGACGUCCUUUGGUUCCAUGUAUCCAACAAGAAUAGAGGGCGCCACAAGGCUCUUCUGUGACGUGUACAACAACCAAAGCAAAACGUAUUGCAAGAGGCUUCAGGUGUUGUGUCCAGAACAUUCCAGAGAUCCAAAGGUCCCAGUAGACGAGGUGUGCGGAUGUCCUCUGGUGAAGAACGUGUUCGCGCUGACAGGAGACUAUUGUCGAGUUUCCAAACGCAAGUGCAACAAGCAUUACAACUGGGAGAAGCUCCGGAGAGCUGAAGUGGACUUGGAGCGGGUCCGAGUGUGGUACAAGCUGGAUGAGCUUUUUGAACAAGAACGGAACGUCAGGACCGCCAUGACCAACAGAGCCGGUCUGCUCGCUCUCAUGUUGCACCAGACCAUCCAACACGACCCUCUGACCACUGAUCUUCGUGGCAACAAGGAUCGGUAGUCUGCCUGGUCCUACACCACUUGUGGAUCUUGAUAUCGGUGUACAUAAUCCUUUAGAUGAAACCUUUGCAUUGAAAAGUACUUCUUUGAUGGAAACUAAUUUUCAAAUACGAUAAAUUGAAAGUUUGAGUGAUAAUAUAUAUUUUUCUCCUAAUAACUGUCAGCAAACAACUUGAUAUUAUUUUGARCAGGCUUUCUGAAUAAACCUUCAACUUGCUACAGAA